UCAACAUGGCGGACCACGUAAAGAAAAAUCUUUCGAAGGAUGAUUUUGAUGCCCAAAAAUAUGUUUUUGACAUCUGCUCUGGAGGUGAUGUUUACAACGAACUCCUUGAGCAUCGGCAGAAGGUUCAGCAUCUCAGCGAAGACACAGCGAUAGCACUCAAGAAAAAUGUCUACAGGAACUAUACGCAGUUCAUUGAGACAGCGAAAGAAAUAUCAUAUCUUGAAGGAGAGAUGUAUCAACUGAGCCACGUCUUAACGGAACAGAAAUCCAUCAUGAGCCAAAUGCUAGAAAUGUCCAUUGGAAAGAAAGAAGCUUCAGUAAGAAAUAAAGACUUGCCGCAGAACAAAGAUGACCAGAAGAGAACAAUAGCCUCACUCCUGGAUCGAGUAGAAGGAUGCUCGAGGAUAACCGAGGUACCAGGUCGAUACAUUGUCCAUGAUGGCGACCUAGUGGAGUUAGACACGGAUACGUUCUCCGAGGUUCAACGAGUUCAUGCUUACCUGCUCAACGAUAGCUUAGUUAUUACAACAUUCGUUCCCAACAGACGGGGACCAGUGAGGUACAAGUACCAGGCAUUAUAUGAGCUGGACAGCCUUGCUGUUGUUAACGUCCGAGAUGUUGGUCCUGUGAAAAAUGCUUUCAAGAUACUGAUGUUUCCUGAUCAGAGGAUUUACAGAGCGGACAACUCCAAGACAAAGCGAACAUGGCUGGAUAAACUCGAAGAGGCGAAGAAGACUAAAGCAGCUGCUGAUACUCACAGGAGGGAGUUGGCUGAGCAGAUGAGCGUAGAGUCCAACGAUUAUAAUCAUAAGACAGAUAUAUAUGGAUUCUUACUGAGUGAAGCGUUUGAUGAAGAUGAUGAUGUGAUGUCACCCACAAUGCCAGUGGAAUCGUCCAGUAUGCUCAAAGUGGAUUGGCUGAUAGAACUACCUGAAGACCUAGACAUGUGUAUUGCCCAGAGGAACUUUGAAGAAGCUACUGAUCUCAUCAUCAAAACGAAUGAAUACCUUGAUUCCAUUCCACAGAGUCCAGCGCUCAAAGAAAUGAGGGCUAGAGUUGACCACAGAGUGAAGCAGUUGACUGAGGUGCUGACUCGUGAGUUACAGGUAUCACCCGACCGGUCACUCAGAGGUGGACCUCAGGUGACUCGAAGGGCAGUCACAGAACUCAUCCGCCUUGGAAGAGCAACUCAGGCGUGUGAUUUAUUCCUGAAGAACCGUAGCGCAUCCAUUAAACAAUCUCUUCGUCAGUUGAGGAUAGAGGGUGCUACAAGCAUGUACAUCACAAAGCUUUGCGGUGUUUUCUUUAACAACAUCAUUGAGACGGGCAAAGAGUUCCGCAUCACAUUUUCUGAAAAUCAAGGAUGUUUCUCAGCGUUUGUCGUUUGGAGCAAAGCUGAGUUGAAAACCUUCGCUAAUCACUUCUCGCGUCAAGCCCUCGCUAAGAAGACAAGUGUAGCCAUCGUAGCAGAGUGUGUUGGAAUCGCUCGGACAUACUGCCAGCAACUCUCAGUGAUUGGUCUGGAGCUACUGUUUGCUAUGAACACAUUAUUAUUGAGAGGAAUACGGGAGGCAAUGCAGUACAACAAAGAACAGCUUAUUGAAGCUUCCAGACAUCGAAAUGUGGAUGAACGAUGGUACCCACUGAAUCUGAAGAAUCCCAACGCAGCUAAUAACCUCAUCCAAGAAAUGUUCCAACUUGGCUUUGAAGAUUUCAACACUCUGGUUUAUGACAGUUGCUUUGUAAGUCUUUCCAGCAGUAAUGUUGCUUUUACCAAGGUGCUUCUGUCAUUUCUACUCGAUGCACUCAAGCUUUAUGUUCCAGAGUUGUACCCAGAUCUAAUCUGGACCAUCAAGGAUGUAAUGGAGAGUCAUGUUCACCUAAUGGAGACAGCAGUCAUGUCGGACAGGUUUGCCGACGAGCGACCAUUCAUCAUGACGAAUAUUGAUUACCUCUUCACUGUCCUGCUUCCUCAUGUUGAGAAAAAGAUCAAGGGUGUUGCAGAUCGGAGCCUGAAAGAAUUGAAGGACUUCCGCAAUCGCCACCGGCAAAUCACCCGAAAGGUUCAAAAUCUUGGUGCACUAAUAUAACGAGGUAUAGAAGGGCUUUAUUUGUGACUAUCCAAAUUAUUUUGUUUCUUUGUUUUUGUUUUUAUAACUCCACUUGCUUAUUCUAUUAUGUUAACAUAUUGCUGAUUUUAUUUUCAGAUUCUAUAUUCUUGAAAUGUUUUUGUAUGUUUACUUUUUGUUUUAAGUGCAAUAUUGAUUUUUGUAAAAAAAAUUAAUCUCAUAUUUGAUGAACCACGGGAGCUAGCACAUGAUGUGAUGUGAUUUUAGUUUCUUUCACAAAAAUGAAAAAGUUUUAAUUUUGUUUUCAAAAAUAUCAAGAAAACUUCAUUGAAUAUGUUAACUUGGAUUAAAAUCCCAGUGUUUUUGUUGUUGUAGGUUUUUCAAGUGGGCUUUGGAUUGUUGUCUAAAGAUUCAAACUUGUAAUAAUUUAGUUAUUGAAGCUCAAAGAGAAACCAGUCAUGUUCUAGAGUCUGGUGCUUAUGAUGUAAUGACAAAUGUCAUAAUGAUUGGCACUAUGGCUUCUGAGUACAAUACAAAGAUGGCAUCUCUCGUUUGAACUGGCACUAAUCCGCUGAAUGUUAGUAAAAGUAGAAAGCUGUAUAACUAUUGUUGACUGACCAAAGAUUAUUUAUUCAGAAAACAUCAGUUAAAUAUUAUAUCCAAAACAUGGACACUUCUUCCCUCAGACCCCCCCCCCCCCAAAUGAACAUUGACAACUUUAUACACUUAUAAAUGACACUCGGAUAGAUCCCAAUUUCAUAAAGCCUGUAAGCAGAAAAACUUGUUUAGCACCUAAAAGUAUUGCUCAACAGAAACAGGUUACCAGCCAAAAUUACAUUUAGUGUACACUGUUGUGACUGGUUGUGACUGGUGC